AUGCUCAGUGCAUCAUCAUCCAACAACCACUCCCUAUUUUCAUUCAGUAGGAAUGGGGAGUCUACUCAAACUGCCAGCGACUCGACCGGAUCUUUCGAUUUCCUCCCUUCUGUGAGCUUUGAUGAUCUGCAAACCAGCCUAGAGUCCGCCUCGACCGAGUUCGCUCUCACGCAGUUCCCAUCCCCGACCGGUGCUGGAAGCAUACUCGACCGUCAAACCGCCACACGGGACAACAUCAUGCAUGAGAGAGCCAACAUCACCCAACCCGUCAGCGGGGCAUCUCGUGUCGCUGUGCCUACCGGCACCAGGCCAGGUCGGUCCGGCUCCAUCCUACGCAGACCGAGCACUUCGAGUCGUCAACCUAGUGUGUCGUCUGUCAAGUCAUCCACUUCUGGGAUCAUGGAACCACCCAGGACGUCAACAACUUCGGUGCGCACUGCUGCACGUCGUCAGAGCCAUCACCCCCCGGUUUCGAGCGUGAAUUCCGCGAAGCCACCACGUAAAUCCAUUGGUCCUGGUGUGCUGGGCGAUGCCUCAAGCGAUACUUUUGCUAGCGCGCAGCGAAGGCGCCCUAGUUUGUCUGCCGACAGAGGCGACACUUCCAGGAUCUCCAUGGAUACUUCGGGCGUUUCCCUGGUCCCUUCCAUGUCCCGGGCAAUGAAGGCGAAAUCUGUGCAGCCUCUCCAGCACUCGAGCCACGGAGGCAUGUCCCUUGGGGAUAACUUGGCACCCGACUCAAACCGAGCCUCGACACUGACCCCACGCUCUCCGCGCACGGGUGGACAGCUGUCUACACCUUCAUCCUCCGCGAGAAGAGCGUCGAUGAUGCCUGGAUCACAUCAUUCUAACCAUGCACAUGGACUUGGUGCCAGGACAAUCAGCCCGACUGACACUCGUAGAGCGAAACGUUUAUCAACGAUGCCUCCUUCGCAGAAUCUCUCACAGGUCCCCACGAGUGUGCCUCCUCCCCCUCCAGUAUCUAUGGAUAAUCGAAUCGAGCGGCCAGACUCCAAAUCUCCUUCUAUGAUACCGCGAAAAGCGUCUGGCACGCCAUCCUCUGCUCGGACCACCCCGGACGUGAACAUGAACCGAAAAUCGUAUAGCUCAGGGCUUUCUAUCGGAUCAAAUCUAAGUUAUAACACGGUUAGGACAUCUAUUGGGUCUUCCGCGCAACCACGGAUCCCCCAAUCCUCCUCUAGCUCCCGCUUGCCGGCUCCAAAACACGUCACCAUGCAUAAUACCAUGCCCGCUGAGGACGAGGAAUUUGUACCGCCAGUCCCCGCAAUUCCCAAGGCCUAUGAAUCCCCUGGUGGCUCACCUGCGAGCUCGCUUUUCAUGGACAAGAGGCAAGUGCUUUUGAGUGGGAAUGAUGCCACUAGCAUUCACAGUACUAGCCAAGGCAGUAUACAUAUGCCCGUGCAGCCGGAGCCAUCCAAAGUCUCACGCAGGCCGAGCCACAGGAAGAGCUCCUAUCUUCCUGCUGCCACCAAGGAUGACGAUAAGUCUUCCACCUCAUCAAGCCAUAGAAAGAACCUACAGCCUCUAAGCCUGCCACCCCUUAAUCUUGGUCCUCUGAAUAUUCCUGUAGGGAAGUCGCUCUCAAUGCGGGAACCUCCCACGGCCAAUAGGAAUGUUAGCCCUCCCCCGUCACGUCAAAUACCAAAGACACCAUCGACUCCUAUGACUGCUUCUAGGAGCACCUUUUUCUCGAAAAGCCGAUACGACGAUACUGUUGAGUUGCCCGUCCUUAGAAGCAGCAGCUCGAUCCACAUGUUGCAUCACGCAGCUGAGACUCCGCCUCCUCUAGCAAACUCUCCCGAUUCUUCUCUUAUUUUCAAAGAAAGCGAUUUUAAACCAAGCCUUUCUCCUUUCCUCUCCUCUUCUGCGCCUAAGGCGGGAGGCUUUGAUCAUACAUUCCUCAAGCGAUCCAAGACUGGCGAGGAUUUAAAUGUCACUGCGCCAGUUCCCCAAGAGCGGACUCAACAAAAACCUGCAGGACCUCGGGCACCGAAACCUGAGAAGCCCAAGUCUCCUACACCUGGCCCUAGCGCUGAGGAACCAGACACCCCCUCGUCUAUGACAUCUUUGAGACGUAAACUCAGCCUUUCCUGGAAGCGAGGUCAUUCAAAGACGACUACCUCUGGAACAACGGGCUCAUCGGAUUCCAAUGACAAGGGUAAUGCUCAAAGCCAGCAGCAACGACAACAGCCACCCACACCCUCUCACCAACCAGCUGUCGUGAGGCAGGACAGUAUGCCACCUCCUCGUAUUCCAGUUUCCGCUACUGUCAACAACUUGUCUUCGAAAAAGCAGGCAAGCCCAACACCCACAGUCAAGUCUACUGGGGGCUACCUUGAAUCACGAAGGCGAAAGAGCUCCGCUGCUGCUAUGGGUAACUUCGUUUCCCAUGACCGGACAAAGAGCGACACGUGGGGAACAGGAAAGAAGGAGACUCCUGAUAGUUCCACUAUGCCUACGGCACGUAACCCCUCUGUGAUGCACAAGUUCUUGAAGUCACGAACAGCAUCUAAUCCCACGACUCGUACCUCAACCGACGCUUGGACUGCAGAUCUUGAUAAAGACGAUCUGGCUGCCGAGGAAGAGAUGAGGAAGCUUGGAUCUCGACGAAAGGAGACCGACAUUGCUGCCCGGACAAUCGAUGCUCUUAGGAAGAGAGCCACGCCCAAGGAGCGUGUCGGACCACACGAGGCAAUUCGAAUUGCCAUGCUGAAUAUUUACGAACGUGGUGAGAUUAUAGACUACAACGAUAUUUAUUUCUGUGGUACUCAGAAGGCCCAAAAAGUGGUUGGAGAUUUGCAUUCGGAUGCUCCUAAUUUUGGGUAUGAUGACGAACGCGGCGACUACACUAUUGUGACCGGAGACCACCUGGCUUUCCGGUAUGAAAUCGUGGAUGUUCUUGGAAAAGGAAGCUUUGGACAGGUGGUUCGUUGUAUUGAUCACAAGCUGGGUGUUCUUGUUGCUGUCAAGAUUAUCCGGAACAAGAAGAGGUUCCAUCAGCAAGCUCUCGUCGAAGUCAAUAUCCUACAGAAGCUUCGCGAAUGGGACCAAAAUAGCAAGCAUAGCAUGGUGCGAUUCACCCAGAGCUUCUACUUCAGAGGUCACCUCUGUAUAUCAACCGAGCUCCUGGAUAUGAACCUGUACGAGCUCAUCAAGGCGCACCAGUUCCGAGGAUUUUCAUUGCGCAUUAUUAGACGCUUCACGAAGCAGAUUCUUAGUUCGUUGAAUCUUCUCAGCCACAAGAAGGUCAUCCACUGUGAUCUAAAGCCAGAGAAUAUUCUUUUACGCCAUCCACUUCACUCUGAGAUCAAAGUGAUUGAUUUCGGGUCUAGUUGUUUCGAGACAGAGAAGGUUUACACCUACAUCCAGUCCCGCUUCUAUCGCUCACCUGAGGUUAUCCUUGGAAUGACAUAUGGCAUGCCGAUAGACAUGUGGAGUGUCGGUUGUAUUCUCGCGGAAUUAUACACUGGUGUGCCCAUCUUCCCUGGUGAGAACGAGCAGGAGCAGCUGGCCUGCAUUAUGGAGGUCUUUGGUCCACCCGAGAAGCAUCUUAUAGAGAAGAGCACGAGGAAGAAGCUCUUUUUCGACUCGAUGGGCAAGCCCAGGCUGACAGUCUCCUCCAAGGGACGCAGACGCCGCCCUUCGUCCAAAACCCUACAGCAAGUUCUGAAGUGUGACGACGAGCCCUUCUUGGACUUCAUUGCCCGCUGUUUACGCUGGGAUCCUGACCGCCGUAUGAAGCCGGAGGAGGCCAUCCGUCACGAAUUCAUCACUGGAAAGAAACAAGUCCCGCUGAGAAUCGCAAGCCGGGAGGCUUCUCCCGUAAAGAGACAUAACACGAUAUCAGUGUCUCGACCUCUCCCAGAGCCCCCUUCGGGCGGCGUCAAGAUUGGAAACACCUUGCGCAGCGGCCAGAGCCCCCACAAGCCAGUGUCUGGCACCGCCCGACGGAUUUCCGGCGCCACGGCCCCCACGACAGCCAGCACAAUGAAGCGAACGAGCACAAACACCAGCGCCUCUGGGAUUUCUAUGGGAACGAGCAGCCUUCCGCGCAUCGCAGGGCGUACAGCUAGUGGGAGCAUUGUGAAACCGGACCUUGCUGCGGCUGGCGCAACAGUGGCGAUGGGCCGCAAAGGAUAG